AAACUGGUUGUUUUUCCAUUUAUUGCUCACUGCCGCGCCAAGCAAGCUCCAAGCUCCAAGCUUUAUUCCACAGUCAGUUGAGCGCGCCGUUGCACCCCCAUAAACAACGCGACACAAUAACGCCACAGAGUUGUGAUAAUAAGUGCGAGACGGACAUUAGCAAAAAAAUCACGGCAAAAUGAAGGUUUGCUGUAUUGGGGCUGGCUAUGUUGGCGGUCCGACAUGUGCGGUAAUGGCACUCAAGUGCCCCGAUAUUGUUAUAACCCUUGUGGAUAAAAGUGUGGAGCGCAUUGCACAGUGGAAUUCGGAUAAAUUGCCCAUUUACGAGCCUGGUCUGGAUGAGGUAGUAAAGAAGUGCCGCAAUGUGAAUCUGUUCUUCUCCACGGACAUUGAAACGGCCAUCAAGGAGGCGGACCUCAUCUUCAUAUCGGUGAACACGCCCACAAAAGUUUCCGGCAAUGGCAAAGGACGUGCAGCGGAUCUUAAGUAUGUGGAGAGUGCCGCAAGAAUGAUUGCCGAAAUAGCGCAAUCUAACAAGAUUGUGGUGGAAAAGAGCACGGUGCCCGUGAGAGCGGCGGAGAGCAUUAUGCAUAUACUCAGGGCAAACCAGAAGCCGGGCAUCCACUAUGACAUCCUGUCCAAUCCGGAAUUCCUUGCGGAGGGAACGGCCAUUAACGAUCUGCUGAAUGCGGAUCGGGUGCUGAUCGGUGGUGAGGAGACGACAGAGGGCCAUGAAGCCGUGGCCAAGCUAUCCUGGAUCUACGAGCAUUGGAUACCCAAGCAGCACAUCCUCACAACGAAUACCUGGAGCAGCGAAUUGUCCAAACUGGCGGCGAAUGCUUUCCUUGCUCAGCGCAUCUCCAGCAUCAACUCGCUGUCGGCCGUGUGCGAGGCCACCGGGGCCGAUGUCUCGGAGGUGGCUCGGGCCGUGGGCCUGGACUCGCGCAUUGGCUCGAAGUUCCUGCAGGCAUCGGUGGGAUUCGGUGGCAGCUGCUUCCAAAAGGACAUACUAAACUUGAUCUACAUUUGCGAGAAUCUGAAUCUGCCAGAGGUGGCGACCUACUGGCAGCAGGUCAUCGACAUGAACGACUACCAGAAGCGCCGCUUCUCCCAGAAGAUCAUCGAGAGCCUGUUCAACACGGUGUCGGACAAGCGGAUUGCCAUCUUGGGCUUUGCCUUCAAGAAGAACACGGGCGAUACUCGGGAAACGGCGGCCAUAACCGUGUGCCAGACGCUGCUAGAGGAGGGCGCCAAGCUGGACAUUUACGACCCCAAAGUGGAGCCCGAGCAGAUCAUCGAUGACCUGACGCACCCAAGCGUCACGGAGUCGCCGGAGAACGUCAAGAAGGCGGUUCAAAUCCACAGCGAUCCGUACAGCGCUGUGCGGGCCACACACGCCCUCGUCAUCUGCACCGAGUGGGACGAAUUCGUGGACUUGGAUUUCCAGCGCAUCUACCAGUCGAUGAUGAAGCCGGCCUAUAUCUUUGACGGACGAAAGAUCCUGGAUCACGAGCGACUGCACCAGAUCGGUUUCCAUGUCCAGACCAUUGGCAAGAAGUAUCAGCGGUCCGGCCUGCUCCGCUCCUGGGGCAUUGUACCACAGCUGUAGGCGAAUGAGGCGGGCGACGAAGCUACGACGACUAUGGCAUUUACACUUAAAGUUUCCAGUAUUUACUCGACUAAUUUGUAAAUAUCCCGUAUCCGUAUUUGUAUCUGUAUCUAGAUGUGUGUGUUUUUUUAUAUAGUUAAAGUAUUCUGCUAGGAACGCCCAAAAGGAGGUCUCACGUCCUCACUUCCUGUUGCCAGCGUAAGCACUCCCUUGAACCGUAU